CACACAGAAUGACAGGAAGCAGCAAACCUUUCGGUUUCUCGAGCGCAAUGCCUCUCGCUGCAGUGCUCCUUCCCCUCCUCGUCCUCGGCGCGUCGUCGGUGUGUCAAGGUCAAGGCGCUGCGAGCCACAACAUCACGGCCAUCCUGGCGGCGUACCCGGAGUUCACCGACUUCAGCGCUGCCCUGGUCAGCACCGGCGCCGCGGCGGAGAUCGACCGCCGCAGCACCGUCACCGUCCUCGCCGUCGACAACGCCGUCAUGGCGCGGCUAAAGGCGCAGAAGCUGCAGCUCGACGACCUGCAGCGCGUGAUCUACCUCCACGUCCUCCUGGACUACUUCGACGCCGCCAAGCUAGGCAGCAUCCAGGGCGGUUUCGCCCAGGCCGCUAGCCUCUACCAGGCCUCCGGCAAGGCGCAGGGGAGCGACGGGAUCGUCAACAUCACCGUGUUCCCCGACGGCCGCGUGGCGGCGUUCACGCCGUCGGGCCCCUCCAACAGGUUGCCGACCGCCUUCUACCAACGAUCCAUCAAGGAACAACCGUACUACAUCGCCGUCCUGCAGGUGAGGGACCUGAUCUGGUCUCCGGCGCCGGCGGACGGGGUGCAGGCUCCACCGCCCGCGCCGCAGCCCGACGCGGCGCCGGGGUUGACGGAUCUGCUGUCCAAGAACGGCUGCGGGGGCUUCGCCAGCCUCCUCGCCGCGACGGCCGACGCAGUCACCAAGUACGACAGCAGCGCCGCCGGGCUCACCGUCUUCUGCCCGGCCGACGAGGCGGUGGAGGCCUUCAACUCCACCUUCAAGAACCUCACCGCCGACGCCCAGCUCGCGCUCCUGCUGUACCACGGCGUGGCGGAACACUACUCCGCGCAGUCUCUCAAGGCGAUCAAUGGGGACGUAAGCACGCUUGCCUCCGACGGAUCCAAGAACAACAACGGGUACAACCUAACGAUACGUGCCGACGGGGACACAGUGAAAAUCUCGUCUGCAUCUGCCAGCGCCGCCACGGUGACCAAGACGCUGCUCGACAAGGCGCCGCUCUCCGUCUACCUCAUCGACGCGGUGCUCCUGCCAAGGCAGCAGUCUAACGACGACCAGGGACACACUGCGCCCGCCCCUGCGCCGGCCUCCUCGCCUGCACAUGCACCUACACCUGCCCUUGCGCCGGUCUCGCCGUCGCCUGCCCCUGUACCGGUCUCGCCGUCGCCGUCGCCGUCGCCUGCACAUGCACCCACACCCCCACUUGCCCCUGCUCCGGUGACUGCACCUGCGCCCAGGCGUCGCCCAGCGCCAUCGCCAGAGCACACUACCCCAGCUCCUUCGCCAGACGCGGACGGCCAACCGCCUGCAGAUCAGAAGAACAACGCAGCAAGGGACACGGCAUCUUGGACUAUCGGCGCGGCGCUGGCGAUCGUGUGCCUCUUGUCGUGAAGGGUUUAAGGCUUUAAGCUUAGAUAUAUUGACGCCGAUUGGGAUCCGUCAUCUCGCCGCCAAUACCAGUGUACACUGAAGACAAUGUUUAUGGGCAUGCAUUGGCCAAAAUAAUAUUAUUCUGCUUCCGCCUGCUU